AUGAGAGGAGAGAAUAUCACCAAGGUCAGUGCCCUCAUUCUGGUAGGCUUCCCCACAGUCCGCGGCAUGCAGUAUGUGCUAUUCAUCAUCUUUCUAUUCACAUACCUCUUUGUCCUGGUGGAGAACCUAGCCGUUAUCCUCACCAUCUGGAGCAGCACCUCCCUUCAUAGGCCCAUGUACUACUUUCUGAGCUCCAUGUCAUUCUUGGAGAUUUGGUACGUGUCAAAUAUCAUCCCCAAGAUGUUGGACGGCUUCCUACUGCAGAGGAAGUGCAUCUCCUUUGUGGGAUGCAUGACUCAACUCUACUUCUUCAUCUCCCUGGUUUGCACAGAGUGUGUGCUCCUGGCCUCGAUGGCCUAUGACCGCUACGUUGCCAUCUGCCAUCCCCUGCGCUACCAAGUCAUCAUGACUACAGGACUCUGUGUCCAGCUAGUGGCCUUUUCCUUUGCAAGUGCCUUCACUGUCUCUGUGAUCAAAGUUUACUUUAUCUCCAGAGCUAAAUUCUGUGGCUCCAUUGUCUUGAACCACUUUUUCUGUGACAUUUCCCCUGUCCUCAAACUAGCCUGCACAGACUUCUCAACUGCAGAGCUGGUGGACUUCAUUCUGGCCUUCAUCAUCCUGGUGUUCCCACUGGUGGCCACAGCGCUCUCCUAUGGACACAUCACCCUGGCUGUCCUGCGCAUCCCUUCAGCCACCGGCCGUUGGAAGGCCUUCUCCACCUGUGCCUCCCACCUCACUGUAGUCACCAUCUUCUACAUGGCCAUGAUCUUCAUCUAUGUCCGACCCCAGGCCAUUGAUUCCCGGAGCUCCAAUAAGCUCAUCUCUGCUGUUUACACUGUUCUCACUCCGAUAAUAAACCCUUUGAUCUACUGUCUGCGGAACAUGGAGUUUAAGGAUGCCUUGAAGAAGGCUUCGGGCUUUGGUCAUGCUCCAUCAUAGGGCAACAAAUGUUAUAGAAACUAAUUUGUGUUGAUAAUAAAAUAACACUUCCAUGCCACUUCGUGCUUUGUAAUGUGAAAUUUGAGAUGAAGUUCAACACAUAGCCCUGGUGGUGCAAUGGUUAAGCAAUCAGCUGCUAACCAAAGGGCUGGCAGAUCAAAUCCAACAGCCGUUCCUUGGAAACCCUAUGGAGC